UAUAAAAGUUCAAACUGACAUGAGCCAGCUGUGCUUGCGGUGCUUAGAUUCGAUUCGAUUUUCGUUUUAUUUUUAUUCAUUUUUAACAUAGUGACUUAGUUUUUUAUAUUUUCAAAACAAAGUUGAUGUAAAAUAAUAACAAUGUUGUGUUAUUACAAACGUUUUAUUCUUGUGUUUAUAAUAUGUCACAUAACUGUCGCUUUCGGCCACGAUCAUCUACUUGAAGGUAUUUACUGCGGUAAAGAAAAUUGCUACGAAGUUUUAGGCGUAACAAGAGAGGCAACCAAGAAUGAAAUCGGUAAGAGCUAUAGACAAUUGGCCCGAAAGGUCCAUCCCGACUUGCAUCGAGGCGAGGAAGCGAAAAAAGAAGCCGCAGAGAAAUUCAAGCAAAUCGCGACUGCUUAUGAGAUCUUACGAGACGAUGAAGCUCGAUCUGACUACGACUACAUGUUGGACAAUCCACAAGAAUACUAUGCUCACUACUACAGAUAUUACAGGCGGCGGAUGGCACCUAAAGUCGACGUAAGAAUUGUCCUCGCAGUUACUAUCACAAUCAUAUCUGUAAUACAGUACUAUAGCGCUUGGUCUAAAUAUGAUACAGCCAUCAAAUACUUCAUGACUGUACCUAAGUAUAGAAACAGAGCGAUGGAUAUGGCCAAGACAGAAAUCAAAGAUUCUCAGGGCAAAGGCAGAAAUAAGAAAAGUAAAGCAGAACAAAAAGAGGAACAGGACAGGAUAGUCAGAAGAGUUAUAGAAGAAAAUAUGGAUAUUAAAGGUGCAUAUGCAAAACCAGAGAUUAAAGAUAUUUUAUGGAUACAGUUAAUAUUAUUGCCAUAUACAGUGUCUUAUUAUAUUUACUGGUAUUUAAGAUGGUUAUGGAAUUUCACAAUUUUAAAAAAGCCAUAUGGCGAUGAAGAGAAAUUAUAUUUAAUUAGAAAAAAUAUGCAGCUUGGACAGCAUCAAUUUGAUGCUUUAGAAGAUGAUGAAAAACAAUCAUUCCUUGAUGAGGAACUAUGGAUAAAAGAGAACUUUAUCAUUUGGAAAGAAAUUAAAGAUUUAGAAACUAAGAAAGCACUAGCAGAAAAUAAUAAAUACAAGCAAUAUAGAAGGUACAUAAAGAGUCAUGGCGUGGGACGCAUGACAUUUGACGAUUCGUGAUAACUUUAAUAAGAUAUAUUUUGAAUGCAUUUAUUUAUUUUAAAAUGAGUUGUGAGGGAUAUUCACUUAAUAUAUUUAUAUUUAUAAUAAUUUGUUUAGAUUAUUUAUUGGGCUGUUAGUGUCAGAACAUUUAAUAUAUAAUUUUACAAUUACUGUCAGACUAGUUUUAUUGUUACACGAGUGAUGAGAUUAUUGUACCCUGUAGCUAAAAACUUACCUUAAUACAUAACUAAAGUAGUUGCCCUACAGGUUAAAGCUAUCGCUAUUUUUAUAAGGAAAACAAAUAUAAAAUGUUUGUUUAAAAACCUAGAAAUUAAAAUAAUUUUUAUAAUCUUGUGUCAAAGAUCAGCAAUGAAAUGUGAUGCAUCAAGCAAUA